UUUGCUAUCAGCUGUUCAGAUACAACUGUCAUUGGCAGGUUUUGGUGUGAUGAAGGCUUAAAUCUGAAAGAAUAUGGUGGUGGUGGCCACACUCACACCUAAUAACAUAACUUUAACACCUCUGUCUUUCAUCCGGGCACCAUUGCCUCCUGCCAGUCAUGUUAGUUGGUCCCGGGAAACGCGUGGUAAAGGCUAUGAGAGGGAAGGAGGUUAUAUAGAGCAUUCCUCCAUAUGACAUAGUGUUCCCUAAAGAUCAGUAAAGCACGCGGCGAUGUAAACACACAUCAGUCGCCCAGCAGCGGAGUCCCAGGACCAGAGUACUAUGUGUCUGCCGUACACUCCAUACACAGCAGCUUGAGGACUUGCUAACAUCUCGUCACACUCAGACACUCCCUCAUUCUCUAAGGACUAUUGUGGAGCCUGUGUAGGAAGCGGCAGUGUUUGUGAGUGUUGUGGUGGCAGGGAAGCAGUGAUGGCGGUAGACGGUCUGUUGUCGCUGCGAUGGAACAACCACUCCUCUUCCUUCCUCAAGCAGCUCUCCUUCCUGCGGGACAAGGAGACCUACAGUGACCUGACCCUGGUGUGUGGAGGUCAGUUCUACCAGGUGCACCGGCUGGUGGUGUCAGGCUGCAGUGAAUACUUCCGUGCCAUUCUGGAGCACACCCCAUGCCGUCACCCAGCAGUGGUGCUGCAGGACCUGCCACCACGCCACCUGGAGGCUCUGCUCAGCUACAUGUACCUGGGUCAGGUGUCUGUGCCACAGGACGACCUGGGUGGCCUUAUCAAGGCUGCCGAGUGCCUAGCCAUCAAGGGUCUUGCUGUGCCAGACGAGCCCACCUCCCCAUCCCAGCAGGAGUCUCACACCCGCCCCACUGCCACCACAGAGGAAGGGCCACCCAACCCCAAGCGGCGCCGACACGACAGGGAAGCCAGCAGCCCUGCCUCCACUCCACAGGGGGAUGACUCUGCCACUGAAGACCACAGUGAGGCCAGGGAAAGGGGCAGGGGAAGCACAGGGAGCAGUCCACAGCCUGCCACUUCCAGCUUCCCAUCACAGCAGCAGCACACCUUGAUGGAGGGAAGGACAGUGUUCACAGUGAAGGAGGAGAGGGAGGAUGAGGUGAAGUGUGAGGACAACAUCCUGGGGCUGACUGACCUUGGUGGAGGCUUAUCAGGUGCUGAGGAAGCCAGCCAAGGUGAGGACAGCCAGAAUACCUUCAGGACAGUAAUAUCUGGUGGUGAUGGUGGUGGCAGCAGUGUUCUCCCACAGUACCCAGCACAGCCACAGUCAUUCAAGGAGGUGGUGGCCCAGGCACUGCCGCCCACUUCAGGGAUGGAUGGGGAUGCCAGCCAUGGAUGGGAGGGCAGCCAGGGCAAGGGGGAGCUGAUGCAAGGCUUCCACCUGGACACCUUCUCACCACAGCAGGACACUCUUCCUCAGACACACCACACAUCACUUCACCAAAGGGAACCCUCAAUGGCCAUGAGACUACAAGGCAGAGCUGCACAGGAAGACAACACAUCACCACCAGCAGUUCUUCCUUUCCCUCUGCUCUCCUGCACUGCGCUGGGUGACAGGGAGGCGGAGACUGCAGGGCGGCCUUGGAGGGAGUGGCGCUGCAGCUACCCGGACUGUGGCUAUGUGACGGACCGCGAGUCAUGGCUCCGGCAGCAUGUCAGGAAACACACCGGGGAGAAACCAUUUGCCUGCCCGCUCUGCACCUUCCGGUCUGCCCAGAAAGGAAAUGUUAACGUACACAUCAGGCGCGUCCACUACGGUGGUGUCAUGCCUGUGAGUUCCGAGCCGCCCCCAGCUGCUACUACCAGUGUGGCUGCCUCCUCUCCCACUGCCUCUGCUGGUGCUGCUGCUGCACCAAAAGUAAACAUGCAGUGGUUCAUGAAGAGUAAGGUGCAAGGCACUGAGUUCUCAAAGUCACAGAAUGGAGUGUGUCAGUAGUGUAUGUGUGUGUAAUUCACUGUUUGAUCUGCUGCAGUCUCUGACGAGACAGCCAGACGUUACCCUACGGAACGAGCUCAGAGCUCAUUAUUUCCGAUCUUGGGAUAGGUCUGAGACCUGUGUGUGUGUGUGUGUGUGUGUGUGUGUGUGUGUGUGUGUGUGUGUGAGUGAGUGAGUGAGUGAGUGAGUGAGUGAGUGAGUGAGUGAGUGAGUGAGUGAUAAAGGUGCCAUAGAGAUCUUGCUGCCUCCAAACAAUGUGUUAUGCAAACAGAGGGAAGACAACGACAGUGUAUAAAAGAUUCAUCAUCACCAAUGAAGGAAAGUAAAGAAUUAAGGAAAAUAUUAAUUAAAAAAUAUUUAACUUUUCCACAAUUUAAGUUAACAGAAUAUGAGCUGAAAUGAAAGAUAGAGCCAAGUGAGAAGGACUAAACAGGAGAAAAGUGAUGAUAACCAUUGACUUAUAGAUAACACUGUAAAUGACCAAAGAUUGUAAAUAGAUGUAGCAUUUAUCUAUAAUUAGAGUGACAGAUAUUUAUUGACUAUAUAAGCAAGCAAAAUAUCUCUGAAGUGUCAAGCAUUUAUAUAGAAGAAGAGUAAUUUGGUGAAUGGACUGGCAUUUAAGUGGGUCUUUUUUGUAUCAUUGUUUUUGUUACUCUUGGGCAAAUUUUCCCCUUGUACAUAAGAAAAAAGAAUAAGAGUUUUGUGUGUGAAUGCAAUUGUAUCUAGUCUUGUCAUGUAAAGCUGUAUAUAUGUAUUGUGUAUAUACUUCCAACAAAUACCUCAGACAUACAGUACUGUACCUACACACUGAGCUGCAGGAACAAGCAAUGUAACCAUGAACACAAUCUCAAGUUCCCACAAUGCAUCAGGGAGAAUAUUAUAGGAACUUAAGUUAUACGGGAUGAGUUAAGUCAAAGAUGUGUUUUUAGAAGAGAAUAAAGUGGAUUUUUAUA